CCAAAAGCAUAGGUAACAAAAGCAAAAGUAGAAAAGGGGACCACAGCAAACUUUAAAACUUCUGCACAUUCAAGGGAUGCCCCUUCUCGGCCACUCAGGCAGCCUCACCCACACCCGCCAGGUCCCUACCCCACUGUGAGAGUCCUCGAGCCACUUUCCCAUCCCUCCACCUGCCUCGGCCUCAUUCGGAGGCUCCCCAAAGUCAGCGAGCUAAAGGCUGCCCCCGGGAGUCCUAACCUGGAGAUUCUCCAGGCACAGGGACUUCUCAGAAGCAAAGUUCUCUCCUGUGACUGAAUUUCAGUAUCUCUUUCCUUCCUGGCACAGGUCCAGGCUCACCUGGUUCGGCGACUGGACCCCCACACUCGUGCCUUUGCCAUCAAAGUGGAGAUUCCUAUUUCCAUUUGCCUUUUCACUUUACACACAUCAGCUGGGAUUGCCCAGUGAACCUGGCUAAAAGCAGAGCCAUGGGGCCAAACAAGCAGUUAGGAUUUAGCCAUGGCUGCAGCUUGGGUCCUGGUGUUGGUGACUGUGAUGCUGGACUUGGCCAGAGCAGGCCCUGUCCCCAUGUCCAAGCCCACCACAACCGGGAAGGGCUGCCACAUGGGCCGGUUCCAAUCUCUGUUGCCAAGGGAGCUGGAGGGCUUCAAGAAAGCCAAGGAUGCCUUAGAAGAGUCGCUCUCGCUGAAGAACUGGAGCUGCAGCUCUCACCGCUUCCCCAGGACCCGGGACCUGAGGCAGCGGCAGAUGUGGGAGCGCCCUGUGGCCUUGGAGGCAGAGUUAGACCUGACGCUGAAGGUCCUGGGUGCUGUGGUAGACUCGUCCUCGGGGGUCAUCCUGGACCAGCCGCUGCACACGCUGCGCCACAUCCACUCCGAGCUUCAGGCUUGCAUCCCGGCUCGGCCCACAGCAGAAUCCCAGCCCCACCGCCUCCACCACUGGCUGUGCCGGCUCCAGGAGGCCACAAAGGAGGAGUCCCAAGGCUGUCUCGAGGCCUCUGUCACAUUCAACCUCUUCUGCCUCCUCAUGAGGGAUCUGAGAAUUGUUGCCAGUGGAGACCUGCAUAUCUGAAAACCUGGACCCAGACCUUACUUAUGCACUAAGCCCCAACCCUGCCUUAAGUUAUUUCCUCUAAUCCUUUAUUUAUGGAGCUGCAGAAGAAAUGUUUAUUUUUCUACUUUUGUACAACAUGUUCAAACAAACAGUAAGAAACUGUAAAAAAAAAAAGAAGAGCCAGCUGCCAAUUUUCAGGAGGUUGAGAGAACAGAGGAACGUGAUAAACAACAGCAGAGGAUGCAAUCAGCAAAAUGUAGACUCUGGCAAACUGAAGGACAAACAAUCCGAUUUCUUCAACAAAUACAUUUCAAGGGAAAAGAAGAGAAAGAGGAAAAUGUCCUUCUAUAGGGACAGCCUUUAGGAUAAAUGUGAUUUAAAGAUCUAUCCAUUGCAAUAACAUGAGACCUUAUUUGGGCCCCAACGCAAACACACAGUUUUAAAGGUAUGCACUUCUAAGACAAUUGGACCUGCGAACAGUGAUUGGGUAUUUGUUACAAUUAAGAAACUGUUAUAAAAAUUUAGAUGUGAUCAUGGUAUUGUUUUAAAAGUCCUUGUCUUUUAGAUACAGGUACUGAAAUGUUCACAAGUGAAACAGAUGUCUGGAAUUUGCUUCUAAGAAACUUAGGAGUGGGGAAAGUGGAUUGACAGGUACAGAAAAAAGUCAGAUUGGCCGGAAGUUGUUAACCAUUGAGCUGCUGAAGUCCUGCGUUCGAUGUACAUGAGGCAUCAUUAGAGUAGUCUCACUUCUUUUGUAAAUAAAAAGCUUUCCAAAAUGAGCAAAUGGAAAAAAUGUGGUUUAAGCAAGACAGAAGUUUACUUCUCACAUACAAAACUCUGAAGGCAGGUGGGGCAGGCCAGGUAUGAUGGUGGCUUCCUAAGCAUCAGGGACCCAGCCUCUUCCAGCUACUCACUGCAGCCCCCUUCACUUGGCCUCUGCCUCAGAGUCUCACAUGGCUGCUCCAUGCCAGCCAGCGCAGCCAGGGUGGGAAAAACAAGCUUCUUUCUUUGAAGGACAUGUCUCAGAAGCCACACACAGUAUCUUUCCAUCCUAGGGACCAGACAUAACCGUAUGACCAUGCCCAGCUGCAGGAGAGGCUGGGAAAGGCAGUCUUUAUUCUGGAUGGCUAGAUGUCUAAAAUUCAAGGCUUCUAUUACCAAGGGAGAAAGGGUGAGCAGAGAUUGGGGUCCAAUUGGCAACGUCGUGUGGGGUACAGAGCUGGCAGCAAGGCUAAUGUUAAUCUUGUACAACUGGUGGGCCUGAGGAUGUUUAUGCUUGUCAUUUACAUAUACGAAUUAAGCAACCUGCUCAGAGUCUCUGCUCCGCUUUAGAUACAGGAGUGAGUGUCUGGCUUCCUUUGCUCUCCCAGGCUGGGUGUUCAUCUCUAGGAAGCUGCUGUUCCUGGUAGCCAGGAUGGCAGUGCCAUUUCCUAUGCUGUCACUAAAACCAAACCCAGUACCUGGGCCUUGGUCUGGUCCAAGGCCUGGAUAUUUGCUCAGCCAGUGAAUGAGAUGGAGAAAACCGUUCAGUCUCUUCCCCAACAGCUGAGUGGCUUUGUGGGGUCCAACCCUGCAGAGUGGUCAGCAUGGUGGCACAGACACCCCAUCAAUGCAUAAAGACAGGAUGUCCCAAACCACAGCUGCGCUUAUACCACUCUUAAAAUUUUUGCAAUACAUUCUGCUUUUAAGUCAACCAUGAUUUAUUUUUUAUUUAUUUUUAUUGAAGUAGAGUUGAUUUACAAUGUUAUAUUAGUUUCAGGAAACUUCAUUUUUAAAAACACCUUAAAUUGAUUUUUAAAGUAAUCCCCCAUUAUGGCCUGCCCUAAAUAGAAGGUAACUGAAAACCUAAGAUUCUGCCAGAGGUUCUCAGCCUGACUCCUGCUUUCUCUUGUUAAAGACAAACUCGCAUUACACUGACCAGAAUCCUCCUUAGGGCAUUUAAACGGAUCAAAAAAAUUUUAAACGGGAUUAAUUUUUUUCACAACGCCCUUCAAUGUUAUUUAAUUCCUGUCAGGUCACCACCAACAAUCACUUCUCCUGGAGUCUGCAGUCUCACUUCUAGGAAACACGGCUGAACUCUGAACACCUUGGUUUCCCCGUUGGUAAGAUGGGGAUCAUAACAGGAUUUAUGUUAUCUUCUAGGAGGAUUGAGACAAUUAUAUGAGAUCACGAACGUAAAGUCUCAGCGUAUAAAAUGCCUGGCUCACAGUAUAAGUAUUCAAAUGCUGGCUGUUAUUAUUUGUCAGUUUAAUGGAGGAAAAAAUGUGAGUCCUGUCACUAAAGAACUAAAACAUGGCUUGAGCAAAAAAAACAAAAACAAACAAAAAAACACCGAAAAACCCAAGCAACCAGACUUCCCUGGUGGCGCAGUGGUU